AUGCGUGAGGGGACAAGUGCUGGGCCGUGUCUGGCUGUCCUGCUUUUCUUAAGGGAAGUGGUGAGAUUCUGUUAGUUCUUUAUUUUGUUAGUUACUGGUUUUUUUCGAUUGUGCAUACCUGUUUUGGUUUUGUCCAUUUUUGUCCCUUUUUGGUUUUUUUCCCCCUUCCCUUCCCUUCUUUCCCUUUUGGGAGCGAUUUGGGGUUCCUGUGUUCAUAUGUACAUAGCACCUUAAUUGUAUAUCUGUAAUAUAUGUAAAAUAUAUAUAUAUUUUAUAUAGCUCUUGCUAUUCCGUUUUUUUUCUUCUCUCUCUUCUGGGAGCUUUUCUUCUGUAGUCUGUGGGGUUUGGCAGGAAGCCAGCUACAACCGGCUACACAUGGAGAAAGUCAGGGUAGCUUCAUGUGAAGUCAACAAGACCAGACCAGCUUAAGUUUAUACCAGAUGGGGCUCUGAUAUUCCUGUCACCAUUGGAAUUGAAGUUCCUGGAAUGAACUUCUCUCUGCACCUUGCUGAUUAAAAUUCAGCUUUACAGCUCCUGCACUUCUUGCUGAAUGAGUUACUAGCAUGGAAUCUGCUGUCAGCAAGGACUUUAAGCUGAGUAAAACCACUUCAAACAGAGCAGAUCACAGAGACUGUCAAAUAAUAUCUGAUGACAUUAUGAUAAUUAACAUAAAAUAGUUCUGCAAUAACCCACAAUGCAAAACCACAGGCAGAACCUAGAUGUGUGCUCUCAGAAUUGAGAAGACAGGGAAAGCUCAGUCUCCAGCAAGGCUGUGAUGGUUCUGCAUAACACCUUAAACAAACAGUGCUUGACUUUCUCUAGUGCUGUGUGGAAAUGGGAACUUACUGAAAAUGUAUCCUUAGUUACACUUUGUUGAUAGUGUCUUCAUCCUCAACUACGUCUCAGGCUUCAGUUUUCUUUCCACUUUUUUUCCUUUCCAUCAGAUGCACACCACACUUCUAAUUGAUGCAGCCAGCAAAACCAGACAAAUUUCACUCCUCUGCAUGCAUUAUUUCUCCAUCUGGGUCAUCCUCUGUCCCACUCUGGUCUUUCUCAGGACCAAUCAUGGCAGUCUGGUAAAGUUCACACUGACUGAAAAGAGGAAACACAACCCCCACUUUUAAAAAGGGAAAUAAAGAAGACCUGGGGAACUACACACUGGUUAUUCUCACCUCUGUGUCUGGCAAGAUCAUGGAGCAGAUCCCCCUGGAAAUUAUGCCAAGGCAAAUGGAAAAUAAAAAGGUGAUUUGUGACAUCCAACAUGGCUUCACUACGGGCAAAUAGUGCCUGACAAAUUUGGUGGCCUUCUACAACAGGGUUACAGCAGUGGUGGUUGAGGAAAGAGCAACUGAUGUGAUCUACCCGGACUUGUACAUAGCACAGGACACUGUCCCACACAAUAUCCUUGUCUCUAAACUGGAGAGGCACAGACUACACGAUGGAUAAGGAUUUGGCUGGAUGGUCACACUAAAACAGUUGUGGUCAAUGGCCCCAUGUCCACGUGGAGAGCAGUAAUGAGUGGUGUUCCUCCAGGGGUUGAUAUUGGGAUUGGUGCUGUUCAACAUCUUUGCUGGCAACAUGGACAGAGGGACUGAGUGCACCCACAGCAAGUUUACCAACAACACCAACCUGUGUGGUGUGUUCAACAUGCUGGAGAGAAGGGAUGCCAUCCAGAGGGACCUUGACAGGCUUGAGAGCUGGGCCUGUACAAACCUCAUGAAGUUCAACAAGGCCAAGUGAACGGUCCCACACCUGGGUCGGGGCAAGCAACCCUGAGGAGAAAGACUUGGGGGUGUUGAACUGUGCUGGGGAAGUGCUGUGGCUUAAGAAGGGAGACAGAACUCUGAAUCUGAAAUUAGUAGCUCAGUGAGGAAGUGGAGAAACAGGUACAGUAUUAUUUUAAAACAAUCCUCACGAGAGUAUUCUGAAAAAAAUCCCCAAACAAACUGAUUUUUAAGUGAAAGAUGUAGGCCACCUUAAGUUUCUGUCUCAUUUCUGUUGAAUAGAAUUUAAAAUAGACUUUUCUUUCCCCUCAAAAGUCAGUUUCUGUUCUCAGGGUCUGGAUAGACUUGUUGUUCAAGAUGAGAACUGUGCUGCCAGCAGCUAAGAAAGAAAUAAUUAAAAAUGUCUCUUACAGAAAAGAUUUGAGACUGCCUUUUUUUUUUUUUUUUUUCUCUUGAGGAAGAUACAAGGAAGAAUUGUCUUGGAAGUAGUGCCAAAGAAGUGUCAAAGAAAUAGUAGUAGUAACAGACAUGACAAACAUGAAGAAUAAAUUUCUCUCUAGCUUCCCAAGAAUAACAUUUCCUUUUUGAUAUUAAACUCAGCCUUGCAUAACUCCUCUGCUUUUACCCUUUCUGAACUCUGCUGCAGGGUUUAUCUUCACUUAUCAGCCUCCCGAGGAGAGCCAAUGAACGGAAGGCAGAAUUGCUCAGUCUGUUUCCUCAGUGUUCGCCCAGGCUCUCAGCACAGGAAGCCUAGUGCUCUGAAAAGUCAGAAGGAGGAACCUCUUCAGCUUUGAGGAGCCAGUUGAUCAGGAGCAUGCACAGCUAGAAGACAGGAGUUGGAAAGGGAGAGAAGAAACGCUUGACACUGACUGCUGAGGGUGCACUGGCAGGCAAUAAACGCUCCCCAUGACCACAGUUAGGUUGGUGUCGGGAUGGAUGGAGUGACGGAGCUGCCUAAGGCAUGAAAGCAGGAACCAACAUGAAGAUUUCUGGGAAGACUGUGUAUAUGUUUGUGCUGCUCACCAUCAUUGUUAUGAGAUCAGGAGGGAACAACGAAGUGUCAGUGACCAUAGGUGACAGCUCAGUGCUCGCCUGCCCUCUCAAACCAAAUAUAAAUAUGCUAACAUGGAAAAUAUAUCCCAAGGUUGGAGGCCCCUGCAACUUGGGCUACAGGGCUGAUACGAACACGACAGACAGAACAAACUGCAGUGACAGCAUGAACUGGAAAUUCAGACCAGAUCUGGGUCCUGUGCUUGAGAUACAGCAAGUGGGGAUAGCCCAGGAGGGAAAUUACAUCUGUGAAGUUGUAACACCAGAAGGGAAUUUCCACAGGACAUACCACCUGACUGUGCUGGUGCCCCCGAGGCUGAGCCUCUUCUGUGAUGAGCACGGGAAGCCCGUGUGCGAGGCAGCGGCAGGGAAGCCGCCUGCUCAGGUCUCGUGGCUCCUAGAGAACAACUCCUCCCUUGAGGAAGAAAGCCAUGACGAUGGGACAGUGACUGUUCUCAGCAGGUUGACAGCAUGUGACACCAACGUGACUGACACAACCUGCGUGGUGUUCCACCCAGCUGGGAGCUGGAGUGAGUCCAUAGCCUGUUGUCCCUCAGACAAAAAGAACUCUAUCCUGUAUGUCUCCAUUACCCUUUGUCUUCUGAGCAUUAUGACCUUCAUGGCUGUCAUUUACUACAUCAAGCUCCACAGUAACAGACUGUGCCACAAAACCACACCUCCUGAAACUGAUCCUAUACAGAAUGACACGAUGGAAGUGGAACCUUAUACUACUUACGUGCAGAAGGAAAACGUAAUUUACAACUCAGUGUCUGAUCUGACAGUGGGGCAGAAUCUUCCACAAGAACUGUGUCCCGAAACAUGAACAAUUCAACAACACUGGAAAAGGAAAGACAUACUUUAUAAAAGACUGGUUAUAUAGAGAAACUUCUCAGAGGAUUUCUUCAGAUUUUGGGGCAGCAUAGCUCACUAGGUCUGUUCAGACACCUGUGCUUGCUGAUGAGUCAGUAUAGGUCUAUUUUUUUCUCCCUGUUUUGCUUUCCUCCUUGGGAAGGGAAACAGUGAUAUUCCUUGCAAAAAUGGACUGACCCCAUAACACAGUUUUUCCUGGAAUAGAUGUUGCGACCAGUGCUCCCUUUACUGUUUUUGCCCUGGAGGUUCUAGUUUUGUCAGUCACUUCUAAAUGUAACUUUGAUACACUUGACACUCUGAUGCACACAUUUGGGAGACCAGAGGAGCGUUAUUUCUGAACUAAAAUGAAACACUCUUCAAUCAGCAGCCAUCUUUUUCUAAUUCACACUUUACUAACAUAGUGACCCAAGUACCGAUCAUCACUGAAUACCUCAAAUAGCAGAAGAUAUUGAUAGGGAAGACCCAGUUCUGAAAAUGGAAAUGAGUGAUAAAUUCAGAAGAUCAUUCACUAAGAAAGAUUCUUCACUAACAUGACUAAUUUACUUGUUAGUUUCAUAUUCAAUAACUCAGGAUACCAUUA